GUUCCUCGUGUUCAUACAGGAAGAAAAGGAGAUACUGCAGGAAACACUCAACUCAAUUACUUGAGAAAGAAACACGAUCACUGCUCAUCUAAAGAUUCUCCAGUGUACUCUGAUGUAAAUAAUGAACCACAGAAGUCCGAAGGUCACUUUGGUUAUGCUGAUACUUUUCUUCUGCAUUUGUGAAGGUUGUAAUGUGCUUCAUUGUAAUGGGCAUGUCUGGGUUGAACCCGCCCAGUUUUUUCAUAUGGGCACCGAUAUUUCAAUAAACUGCAAGUCUUCUAUAGAGAACUGCCGCCGUAAAAAGUUCAGUAUGGUAUUAGAUGGAACAGCAGUGACUGAGAAUUUGCAUAUUGUUAAUGAAAGUACAGUACAACUUCGACUUCAUCGAUUCAUGAAGCCUUGUUCAACGGUUGUCUGUUUUGUGACGUGUGGCAAUGAAGAGAAAGACCAUUUAGUCAAUGGAAAAGAUUUCUCUCCUGGAUGGACCAACCGUGGAAUUCAGAAACAUUUUGCAUGUCAUGGCAAGCAGUUUUGCAUGAACAACAAUCGCAUGCAGGUUGUGAGUUAUUCAGAGAGGCACUCUAAGUGUAAGGGAGUAAGCCUUGCUAGGUUUGCAUAG